AUGGCCCCAAAGUCGAACAAAGGCAAUAAAGCUGCUGACAAAGCAAAGCUUGAGCAGAAAAAGAAGGUCGCGGAGGACAAGACAUUUGGUCUCAAGAACAAGAACAAGAGUGCCAAAGUCCAACAGUUCGUGAACACCGUCAAGAAGAAUGUGGACGAUGCAGCCAAGAGGGCGAAGGGCCCUGAUGCAAAGGACAAGAAGAAGGCAGAGGCUGAGAGAGCCAGGGAACUGGCAGAGCUCUUUGCCGUUGCCAUCAAGCAGCCCAAGGUGCCUGUAGGCGUGGAUCCCAAGUCGGUGGUGUGCGAGUACUUCCGGCAUGGACAGUGCACCAAGGGCUUCAAGUGCAAGUUCUCCCACGACCUCAACGUGGAGCGCAAGGGCGGCAAGAUCGACAUCUUCCAGGACAGGAGGGGCGGCGAGGAGGAUGAGGAGGGCAUGGGCGAGUGGGACCAGGAGAAGCUUGAGGAAGUUGUGAAGCAGAAGCACGGCGCCGAACGCAACCGCCCCACCGACAUUAUCUGCAAAUACUUCCUCGACGCCGUUGAGAAGAAGAUGUAUGGCUGGCGGACUAGUGGCACCAGCACGUUUUGGGCGUGUCCCAACGGCAAGGACUGCAAGUACCGCCACGCACUGCCGCCAGGCUACGUGCUGAAGAGCCAGAUGAAGGAGCUGCUGGAGGCGGAGGCAGCCAAUGUGAAGCCUAUCGAGGAUGAGAUCGAUGAGGAGCGGCGGAAGGUUGACGCCAAGACGCCCAUCACAGAGGAGGAGGGUUUCCAGGCGGAGGACGACGCGGGCGCGCACGACGCGUACGAUCGCGAGAACGACGAAGAGGACGAGAUCCGGCGCAUGGACGAGGAAGCAGCCGCCCGCCUCGCUGCCGAGGCGUCGGCCGCCGCCGCCGCCGCCGGGCCGGGGCCGUCAAACGGCGCUGCCGCAUCUACCAGCAAUGGUGCAGCAGCAGCCACGAAUGGAGGCACGUCUCUGAAGCUGUCCAAGGAGGAGGAGGCGCUGUUUAUGGACGAGGAUGAUGACGAGGACGAUGACCUGGACGAUGAAGAGCUGGAUGCCUUGGAAGCAGAGAUGUCAGCCGCCAAAGUGCAGUAA